GAGUUAAAAGCUACAAGCUAACUAAAUUGUUGCUGGUACACUUGCACUUUUAAUUUGACACACACACACACACACACACACACACAGAGAAGCAAAUAAUGGAGGAUCUGCUGCCUCCUGGGUUUCGUUUUUACCCUACAGAAGAAGAGCUCUUGUCAUUUUAUCUGCAUCAUAAGCUAGAAGGGAAGAGAGAGGACCUGAAACAGGUUAUGGAUCGUGUUAUACCAGUUCUUGAUAUCUAUGACUUCAAUCCAUGGGACCUUCCACAACUUUGCGGAGAUUAUUGCCAUGGAGACCAAGAACAAUGGUUUUUCUUUAUCCCAAGACAAGAAAGGGAAGUCCAUGGAGGAAGGCCAAAUCGACUCACUGAUACAGGAUACUGGAAAUCUACUGGUUCACCUUGUGUUGUUUAUUCUUCCAACAAUCGUUGCAUUGGCGUGAAAAGAACCAUGGUUUUCUAUAAGGGAAGAGUUCCAAAUGGAAGAAAGACCGAGUGGAAAAUGAACGAGUACAAAGCUAUACAAGGAGAAGUAUCCUCUUCAGCUAGUGCACAUCCAGUGUUAAAGCAGGAAUUCUAUUUGUGUAGGGUGUACAAGAAAGCAAAAUGCCUGCGAUCGUUCGAUAGAAGGCCACUUGGAGUGGCAAUAGGUCAGAUGAGGACUGAUGAACAAGGUCAUGAUGAUGAGGAAAGAGUAAAAACUCGUCAAAAUCCUCCCAUGGUGGAGGGGAGAUGCUCGAUUGAGGGUUCAUUUUCAGAAGAUCAGCAGCCGCAGGUGGGCUGUUGCUCUCAAUCCUCAGAGGAAAAAAGAAGCAUGCCAGUUUCUGCAGAACAUGAUCACCUGCUUGGGGGGGAAUUAGGUUGGUUUUAUGGUACUGGAGAGGAUAUAAACCUAGAAUAAUGCUAUAUAUGUUGGUAUAUAUCUGCAGAUGGGAAGCCAAAAAGGAGUCUUUGUAUAGCUGCAGGAGCUAGUGUAUGAAACAUCUCACACUUAAAGAAUUUAAAUAAGCAGCCUCACCUCUGCUUUGCAGAGUCCAUGGCCCAAAAUUAAACCCCAUGCAGCAUUGCCAAUCGCUUGAUAUCCAUCAUAAAAAAUAAUGAACAUAUGAUCACAUAGACUCCAAAACAAUACAUCAUAUUAGGCAUAAAUCCACAUAUUUAUCUGUUUCUUUUUCUUUUUUUAUAUUAUUAUGUAAUUUAAAACUAAUCUCCAUUUCCAAUUGAAUAAAAGUUAAAAUAAAUUGUCUUUCAA